GAGAAAAAGAGUAUACUGUCAAACGUAAUAGAAAUUGUAACUGUACACAUAUCUGUAUAAAAUGUUCGAAACGACGUAUGUAACAUUGAGAGAUUCUCUUUGUUCACUUUCUCUUUCGAUUAUUGCAAAUGAUUCCUGCUUUUUUCGGUAAUUUCUCCAGAGCAGAUUAAAAGAUGAUAGCUUUAGUAAAUAUUAUCGGUAAAUAAUUGGAGAGAAGGAUUGCUAAGAGUGCCGUGAUAAUCAAAAGAGAAAGUAAACAAAGAGAAUCUCUCAUUGUUACAUACGUCGUUUUGAACAUUUUAUACAGAUAUUUAAAUAAUUCGCGAGAUUGUUUAUAGCUUUACAAAUGACAAAUGUGUCCACCUCUACUAAAUAUCUUGAGCUAGCAAGUCCAAAUCAGUAUCACUCAGAUGUAAAAAAAGAACUGGCAUUCCUGAUUUCAUAAAAACUGUUGUUCCAGCCUUAUGGCGUGCGCGUUUUUCUUUUGUGACUCAAUUUGUGGUGAAAAUGGGGAAAACACGGAAAACCAAUUCCCAAAAGUUGAUGUUGAGAAUGGCCAACACUGUGAAUAUGGGAUUUGUGAAAGAAAAUGUUACGGUGAACAAGCCAGAAGAAAAUAAAACAUUGGGUAUGAAGCGUACGAGACAUCCACUGCGAAAGGUAACACGAAAUACAAAAAUAUUAAAGACGACCAUGCAUGAAGAAAUUAAAAACAUUGGUUCUGAUUCGGAAGAAGAAUGCGUCCAGGAGAUCGCUGUGGACAACACUAGACAGGAUUUGGAGAAACAAGAUGAGCUAAUUCAAUUAGCGGACUCCAGUGAAGCUGAAAAAGGUCAAUCGAGUGCAGUGUCCGAUGUAAAUCCUACCGCAGCAAUCAUCGCAAAAUUAUUGGACAAAAUCACGAACCUUGAGGACGAUAACCUGAAGUUGCGGAAUCUAAACAUGAAGCUGCAAACAGCAUUAAUUGACAAACCCGGAGAAGUUUCUUUAAAAGAGAUUCCUGGGUACCCCGAUAGAACGUGGCUUCUAAAAGUGUCGCAAGCUGCGGAGGAUUCUGAUUAUUUAUUCGUAAAAGAGCUGGUGUUCUAUUUGUGGCCGAAUGGUAUAGGCAAUGCCACCGUUUCCGGAAAGAAAUCGAAUAAUCCAAGCGGAAAGCGUAAACCGAGUUUGAAUGAAGCUUCUCAAGUCAAUGAAGCGUGUAAUCCGGAGAAACUGGAUCCAGAAAAGGUUGAGUACAUAAAAGAUCGACUUUUCGAACGCAGAACUUUUUUAAAAGAUUCUCCAGGAACAGCUAUCAAAGUUGCAAGAAAAGUGGCAAAGUUCAUAGCGAUUGUGGUGGCCAACAAUCCAAAUCUUCGGCGGGCUACUUGAUUAUUGAUCUGUUGUUUUCUUAACCUUGAGGUAUUUCGCCUAGAUGGUGAAAAUUAAAAUGGUAUGCUCUUUCAAUUGGGUUUCUGGAUUUAUUUAUUUGAUCAUUUAUUAUUAAAAAUCAACAGACUCAGUAUGUCCUAAUGGUUGUUUCGAGUGUAAAGAAAUUUUGAAGAAUAAUGACUGCAUUCUUGUUAAAAGUUAAACAAAGAUAAAUAAAUUUAAAGCUUUUUUAAAAACCAUGCAAUUUGACUAUAAAUUUGGAAGAAAUGAAAGAGAAUAUCCAAAUUUGCUAUUCAGCUAUAGAAUACCUAAUUCGGCUAUUUAAUCCAAAAGCAAAUUAAAUGCUUAUUUUGCUAUU